ACACCGACUAGCUCGUUCGCUAAUGCCUAGCACAGUGGCCACACAUACAUAGAAACGUAGAUAAACUUUACGCAACGUCUGUGGCCAAGCAGGUCUUAUAGAAAGAAAGAGAUAGAGAGGAAAAUCGGGAGUGAGAGAGAACAGCGAGAAAUUGUACGUACACAUGGCAACCGCAGUGGCAAAAGUUGGAAAAUCAGUUCACCGCAUUUUUGUGGGCAAUUUACCCUGGACGGUGGGCCACCAGGAGUUACGCGGCUAUUUCAAAGAGUUCGGACGUGUUCUAAACGCCAACGUGAUUUUUGAUAAAAAAACCGGAUGCUCCAAGGGCUACGGCUUUGUGAGCUUCAACAGUUUGCAGGCGCUCGAGAAAAUCGAAAACGAACAAAAACACAUAUUGGAGGGCAAUUAUUUGAACAUACAAAAGUCAUAAAUUCAAUAUAAAUUUUAAAUC